AUGACAGCGGCCGGACGGGGCGGCUGUGGGGUGGGGAGGCCGGGCGUGUGGACCUCCUCGGGGGCGAGGCAGGGCCCGCGGGGCUGUCACGGCCUCCGAGCCCCCGGCUUUGCCCGCGUGAGCGCUCGGCAGGAGAACCCGGCCCGUGACCGCAGAAGACGGCCCUCGGGCCGGAGAAGCGGCAGGAGCGGCCUGGGGCGGCGGGCCGCGCGGGCCCGGCCCCUGCUCCCCUGCGGCCCCGCGAUCCGGGCUCCCGGGCCGACGCCCAGCCGCCCCGACCCCGCUCCAGCCCUCCAGCGGACCCGCCGCCGCUGCUUCUUCGCGUGUGCUUUGCAGAAGCCAAUGAAAAGUAAAUGA